AUGGCGCCCGACAAAGUGCACGAGGAAUAUCAGUAUCUCGACCUUGUCCGUGAGAUACUGGACAGUGGCGAGAGACGGCCUGACCGAACAGGAACCGGUACACUGUCUAUCUUUGCACCCCGGCCUUUCAAAUUUCAGCUAUCCGACAAUGGGCGUCUAGUUCUUCCCUUGCUCACGACCAAACGUGUCUUCCACCGCGGCGUCAUCGCCGAGCUGCUCUGGUUCAUUCAGGGCAACACGUCGUCCCUCGCACUUAGCAAUGCCGGUAUCAAGAUCUGGGAUGGUAACGGGUCACGCGAAUUUCUCGAUAGUGUGGGACUGUCACACCGUGCGGAAGGCGACCUAGGGCCUGUCUACGGCUUCCAGUGGCGACACUUUGGCGCCGAAUAUGUAGACGCGUCGACUGACUACACUAGCCAAGGCGUGGAUCAAUUAGCCGACGUUAUCCACAAGCUUCGGACGGAUCCCUACAACCGCCGAAUCAUCCUUUCGGCCUGGAACCCAAAAGACUUGCCUAGCAUGGCACUGCCACCUUGCCACAUGUUCGCUCAGUUUUAUGUUUCGUUUCCGCGACAGGAUCAGGGACAAGAGGACUCCUCCAAGGACACCCAGAAAGUGAAAGGCCAUCUUCAUUGUCAGCUGUAUCAGCGCUCCUGCGACAUGGGUCUCGGGGUACCAUUUAAUAUUGCAAGCUACGCAUUACUUACGCAUAUGCUUGCCCAUGUUUGCGAUUUGGUCCCCGGAAGUUUUACACAUGUUAUGGGAGAUGCGCACAUCUAUAUUGACCAUGCUGAAGCGCUGCAGACGCAGUUGGAGCGGGAGCCACGGGAGUUUCCUCAACUAGAAAUCAUGAGAGAUGUGGGAGGUAGUAUUGAUGGUUGGAAAGAGGAGGACUUUGUGAUCAAAGGAUAUACCCCCCACAAGCCGAUCGCGAUGAAGAUGUCUACCUAA